AUAUAGAUCGUGGGCGCUCUGAUAGCUUCAGUAGCACUGGUUCCUAUGGCAGGUUCGUGCUGCGUCAGAGAGUGGCUCAACUUCUGACCUGUGUGGAAGAUGUCAGUUCUGAUGACGACAUUCAUGAAGAACUCUCCCGCUCACUAGAUACUGCUUUUCUGAUCUGCGGAAAAAAAAUGGCUCCUAAGACUCAACAGUUCAGACUGCACUUGGUUACAUGGAAUAUUGGAACAGCACCCCCUCCUCAGGAUGUCAGCUCUCUUCUUCUGCUUGAUACUGCAUGCCCAGAUAUUGAUAUGUAUAUCAUCGGCUUGCAGGAAGUUAAUGCCAAGGUUCUAAAUUUUCUGUCAGAUUUGGCAUUUGACGACCCAUGGAGUCUGUUCCUCAUGGAUUUUUUGGCUCCUCUUGGCUAUGUCAAGAUUUCUUCUAUUCGGAUGCAGGGUCUUCUCCUCCUGAUUUUUGUAAAGCACAAGCAUAUUCCCUUCAUACAGGACAUUCGGACCAAUUACAUGCGCACUGGCCUCUAUGGCUACUGGGGUAACAAAGGAGGCGUCGCUGUGCGCAUGUCUGUAUAUGGGCACAUGUUUUGCUUUAUGAACUGCCAUUUGCCUGCCCAUAUGGAGAAUGCUAAUCAGAGGCUUGAUGAUUUUGAAAGGAUGCUGGAAGCCCAGCAGUUUGAUGGAGAAAGUGUGGGGAGUGUUCUGGAUCAUGAUCUUGUUUUCUGGUUCGGAGACCUGAAUUUCCGAAUUUCGGACUUUGGGAUUCACUUUAUUAGAGAAAUGAUAAACAGCAACAGAUACCAUCUGCUUUGGGAAAAGGAUCAGUUAAAUAUUGCCAAGAAGAAAGAAACAUUUCUUCAAGGAUUUUUAGAAGGCCCUCUGAAAUUUAAGCCUACAUACAAAUUUGAUCUGAAUUCUGACGUUUAUGACACCAGAUGGAAGAAAUCUCUGAUUGGAUUUAAUGGAAAGAAGCGUAAACCAGCCUGGACAGAUCGCAUUCUUUGGAAAUUAAAAAAUACUUCAGAAAGUGAGCAGGAAGAUUCUGUUGGCUCAGAAUUUGAGAAAAUAUUAAAAGUGAAUCUGGAAAAGUACACCAGUAAUAUGAGCUAUGGUAUCAGUGAUCACAAACCUGUAAUAGGCACCUUCACUGUACAGAUGAAACCUCUAAUUCUCACACCUUCAGUGUUACUAAAGCCCGAAGGCGAGUGGAACGCUGACCAUGAUUCUCUGAUCAGCUAUUCAGUAUCGGAUGAUUUUCCCAGCAGUACCUGGGACUGGAUUGGGCUUUAUAGGGUUGGCUUCAGACAUACAAAUGAUUAUGUAACCUACGCCUGGGUUAAAGAUGAUGAAAUUUCUUUUAGUAAAGACUGUAGCCAGGUUUAUAUUAGUGCUGACGAGAUUCCACUCAAUGGAGGAGAAUUUCUUCUUUGCUAUUUCUGUCACAAUUUGCAGUGCUUGGCUGGUAUUAGUGAACCUUUCCAGAUACGACCAGGUCGAAUUUUGGAAGUAAAAGAAGGAGCACAAGGAAUAGUAGAUGACUUAACCAAGACGGAGAGUUUUAUGGGCCCUGGCUUUUAAACUAGGCUGUGCUUCAAGUGAUGCCUUCUUUGUGCUAACUCCUCCUUAUUAGUGAUGGUUAUGAGCAGAUGCAGGAAAGGGCAUAAGCACUGCUCUGACCCUUUUUACAGCACUUCUUCACAAUUGGCAAUUUAUAUCCAUUUUGUGCGCAUUCCUCUUACACUGGACAUCAUAGGAAAUAUUUAUUUGAAUGAAUCAUAUUGUUUUAACUUAUUAUAAUGGCUGCCAUGUGAUAGAUGUAUUGUUAAAAGAACUAAGCAAAAUGCACCUUAGUUACUUAGCUUUGUAGAUUGGAGCAUUGUGUAUAAAUGAUUAGUUCCAUAGGUUUGUGGAUACCUAGCAUGUUUACUUAACCCUUUAUUUAUUAGUCAUUAUUGUACAUUGGUCAAGUUAAUUUCAGUCCAGUAUCAGCUGCUGCUUAGUUCCGUGUAAAGCAUGUUCUGUGUGGCCCAUGAGCUACGAGUCUGGUUCAGACCGCUUUUGAAAUAUUUACAUAUUGCUGCUCAUUAGUUUCAAUGACAUCUGACCCUGUGGUUUUUCAUUGUGUCCAGUGACCUUUUCCAGUGCAUUGAAAGGCCGAUUAUGUGCAAAAUAUGUUUACAAACUUGAUAAAAUAUUUUAUAAACAUCCAUUUAUUUACAUUCCUGAUUUUAAAAAGUUAAGCACAUUGCUUUUAAAUGAUAUCAUUGCUAUGAGAUUACAUAGCUGAAUAACCGUUCUUAAAAGCCUUCUUUAAAGGACGUUCUUAAAAUGCCUUCUCAAAAGGUAAUACAGUUAAUGUGCUUUUCUUAUCCUGUAUUCAUAUUGUGUUAGGUUUGUACGUCAUGUAAAAAUGACAAAUUUACUGUGUAAUAUAUAUUUUUGAUUUAUGCCUUUUGAAAUAUUGGUAUAUUAAUACGGUACAUAUGAAAAUAAUUGCUGCAGUUAUACAGCUGGACUUAAACACCUGCUGAAUUUUUUUAAAUUGAUUUGGAAAAGAUUUUCAAGGAUUUUGUUUUGUUUAUUUAUUUUUUAAAAUCCUACAGUUGGAAACAUUUGGGUACUUCCUAUUUUACGCAUGCUGUAGAUAGGAGCUUUCUCUUUUUACUCUGUGGAUACAUUUAAAAAUGGAGUAUACACAGAUUGAGUAUGUGGAUUCGGAUCUUUUUGAGGAUCCUAAUGCGGAAGUAGGCAUCCGCCUCUUUUCGGAGCCGUAUUUAUUCUAGUGAAAGAUCACCACAUUAAGAUCUGGAUUUGCAUAGAUACAGAAAUAAAUCCGAAUGGCAGGAGCAGCCGCCUACUUCCACGUUCAGAUCCUCACGAAGGAACCAAAUGGACAUAUCUAACGCAAAUCAUGUUUUAAUGUUAUUAGAUCAUAUCAGAGCUAAUAAUUGGCAGGUGAAUGUGUUUGCAUUCUUUUUCCAUGCUAUAAAAGAACCAAAGGUUGAUAGUGCCUUGUUUCUACUUGCAUUUGGCAAUCACAAAAUAACACAUUGGUAUGACGCACAAACCUUUGCUGUGUUUAAAAGAAUAAAUAAAAGUAGUGUAUCGUCUGUCUAAUAUAUAGAAUGAACAGAAAUUUGCAUUUAUCCAAUAUGCAGUAUGUAAUUAUAAUUUGUAUUGUGAGCAUUCCUUGUACUUUAUUGCUAAAUUCCUUUUUUUAAUCUUUUUCAUUGUAAAACAUUGAUUUUUAGACGUUAUACUCAUAAUAUGUUUUUGAAUAAGAACAAUUAUAAUUGUUUUUUUAAUUUGACUUUGCUGGUUUACCUGUUAGUGAGUUUUUGUUGUUGUUUAUAGAAGUAUUAAUACAACUUACUUGAGCUAAAUAUAGGCCUUAAAUGCUUUUGCAUAUUUUGUUUUAUUUGGGGCAUUAAAAUUACAUUAAGAAAUCAUUCUCUAAACAGAUUACACAUUUAUAUAAAUUAUGUAUAAACAGAAUGGGGGGAGUACAAAAGAAUAAGAAGUUAUGCUAAUCAUAUCUAUAUUUAUGACUAAUGACUUUGGUUACUAAAGCUGAAGGAACUGUAACCUCAGAAAUUGAAGUUAAGCUACAAGAAAAUCAGAUGUUUUAUACAAACAAGGGAAAGCGACUCAUUAAAGGUCCUUUGUGUAAUUAAAAUUCUAAUCAUGAAAAAGUAAGAUUGUUUAAUAGCAUCUUGUUUUUGGUAGGAAAUACAUAAUAAAUCCUUGUGUACAACCAUCACAGAUACAUUAUGACAUGGCUACAGACGCCAUGCAAGUAUCACCCUAUAACCAAACAGGUGGUCAUUUAAUCAACGGUGCAAUCAUAAUCAGUAAAUAUUCUAAUUGAUACAUGAUCCUAUCAUUACUUGUGAAAAAAAUAAUGAAAUUUUGUUACCUAGGAAAAAAAAGAUUCUGUAUUUACAUAUUCUACCAAAUUUAGAAAUAUGUUGUUGGAUUUAUUGAUACUCAGAAAUAAAACUACACUUCUGAAUGA